GGCACGGGCGGCAGCCGGGGCCGGAGCGGACGGGCAGCCUCCGCCGCGGGGCUCCAUGGAGAAAGCGGCGGGCGAAGGCGGCGGCAGCAACAGCAGCAGCCGCAGCAGCAGCCGCCCCACGUCGGCGGGCUCGUCCCCCUCGUCCUCCUCCGCCAGCCGCGGGCUCCCGGGCCGGGCGGCGGCCGCGGGCAGGCUGGAUGGAGGCGGGGGCGGCGGCAGCAGCAGCCCCGGCUCGGCGGCGGCCAGCCCGGGGGGCGCGCAGGCGCCCGGCGGCGGCAGGCGGCGGGAGUCGGUGCUGGAAGGGACGCUCAGCAAAUACACCAACCUCCUGCAGGGCUGGCAGAGCAGGUACUUUGUGCUUGACUUUGAGACGGGGAUUCUGCAGUAUUUUAUGAAUGAACAAACUAAAAACCAGAGCCCAAAGCCACGAGGAGCCUUGUCUUUAGCUGGAGCUAUAAUAUCUCCCAGUGAUGAAGUGCCACACAUGUUGGUGGUCUACUCUGCAAAUGGAGAGAUGUACAAGUUAAGAGCUGCUGAUGCAAAGGAGAAGCAGUACUGGAUAACUCAGCUUCGAUCCUGUGCCAAAUACCACAAGGAAAAUGAUUCUAAGAGCAUCUCAUCCUCACGAAGUAGAAGCUCAUCUCUGCUGCCGCCUGGGACAGCUAAUUCUGCAUCUCCCAGUGGCCAGAAAUACAUGAAUACAAGUGGGCCAACUGUUGUCACCAUCACACAUCACAAAUCACCUGCAGCUGCUCGAAGAGCGAAGAGCCAGCGAUCUGGUCAACUCCAUGAAGUCCGAGAGAUCAUGAGCCAAGCUGAAGGACAACAGAAGAAUCUUGUACAAGCCAUUGAAUCUCUCCCAAAUUCUGGACCUCUUACUGCCUUGGAUCAGGACUUGCUACUUUUAAAAGCUACCUCUGCUGCCACCCUGAGCUGCCUUGGAGAAUGCCUGAGUCUACUGCAGCAAAGCAUGCAUCAAGUGGGCCAACAGCAUAACAGGACGCUGUCAUCAGAUGGUAUCCUGGGGUGGCCUGGGCCCAAGUCACACUCCACAGAGGAACUGAAAAAUGGUGCCCUCAGCUCCUUAUCAUCUGCUAGUGCCAACAUUACGUGGGCAAGUACCAUAGUACCAUCUGCAGCCCAGGAUGCACAGGCACUACAGCCAAACACUGAGCACUCAGCUUCUGAGUUGAUCCUAGUUGAAGAUGAAAUGACAGAUACUGAAGAUAAUGAAGAGGAGGAUUUAGGAGUCAUGGAUGAUCAACGCAGUGUAAUUCUCCAUCUCAUCUCUCAGCUCAAACUUGGCAUGGACCUUACCAGGGUAGUGCUUCCAACAUUUAUUUUGGAGAAAAGAUCCCUGCUGGAGAUGUAUGCAAAUUUCAUGGCCCAUCCAGACCUGUUUUUGUCAAUUGCAGCUGGAGCCACUCCCGAGGAAAGAAUUGUCUGCUUUGUGGAGUAUUAUCUAACAGCUUUUCACGAAGGCCGAAAGGGAGCAGUUGCCAAGAAGCCCUAUAACCCCAUAAUUGGUGAAACCUUUCACUGCUCGUGGGACGUGCCUAAAGAUAAAGUGAAAGCAUUCAGAACUAAUGGUGCCUCCACGCUUUCUAAGGACUCAGCCAAGGAGCUUGGCCAGGACCAGUCCACGUGCUACAAGCUGAGGUUUGUAGCCGAACAAGUGUCUCAUCAUCCACCAGUAUCUUGCUUUUACUGUGAGUGCAAAGAGAAGAAAAUGUGUGUGAACGCUCACGUAUGGACCAAAAGCAAGUUCAUGGGCAUGUCAAUAGGUGUUUCUAUGGUAGGUGAAGGUGUUCUUCACCUGCUGGAACAUGAAGAGGAGUAUGUCUUCACCCUGCCCAGUGCCUACGCUCGCUCAAUCCUUACCAUCCCAUGGGUGGAGCUUGGAGGGAAAGUCAACAUCAACUGUGCCAGAACGGGCUAUUCUGCCACGGUCACCUUCCACACCAAGCCCUUCUAUGGAGGGAAGGUCCACAGGGUUACAGCUGAAGUGAAGCACAAUCCAACGAACACCAUUGUGUGCAAGGCACAGGGAGAAUGGAAUGGCACCCUGGAGUUCACUUACAGCAACGGAGACACCAAAGUGAUCGACACCACCAAACUGCCUGUUAUCAGGAAAAAGAUCAGGCCCACAGCAAACCAAGGGCCACUGGAAUCAAGGCGCCUGUGGCAGCAGGUCACCAACUCUCUGAAGGAGGGGAACAUCGAUGCCGCCACGGAGCACAAGCACCGCCUGGAAGAGAGACAGCGAGCAGAGGAGCGGCAGCGAGCGGCGCUCACAACUCCCUGGAAACCCAAAUACUUUGCCAAAGAGGGUGACGGCUGGCUGUACGUGAAUCCUCUCUGGAAGACCCACUGACAGGAGAGAGCAGUUGCCUCGUAACUUUACCUGAAAGGCAUUAAAAUGAUACAGUAUGUAACUUCAGGAUGUCCUUGGAUAGGUCCUGUUCCCAGAAGAUCCCCACGGGAAGCUGUGUACUGUGAUUGAUGCAUCUCAAAAUAACCAGGAGCUCGAGUUUAUUCAGGAGCCAUUUUGUGUGUGCAGAUCCACAGACACACAGGCACACGUCCCUAAGUACCCACGGUGUGCAUGUGUUGUGUGUGUUAUUUACACUACAUGUAAACAGUACCAACACCAAUAGCGACUCAGAGACCUUUUCCUCCAAGUGUUAGGGCACAGAACCCUGGCUGGCCUCGGCCGGGGUUCCCUGAGUUGUGUGCUUGCAGGAUCAGGCCCUGUGCUAGUAUUUAAGAAAAUACUUUUUUAUUAGUACUUGUUAAGGUUUUUCUAUUUUUCACUUUUGCCAAAAAUGUUUUGCACUUAAAACGUGACGUGUCUCUUAACGGCAGUCGAUCUGUCUGAACAGUCAGCGAGUAACUCACUUUGACAUAAGAAUGAUCCACUGGCUGUGCCCACUCUGGGUUGCCGAGUUCAGGGCGUGUUUCCUGUCACUGGCGAGUGUGAAUUUCCUACCACCCUAUAAGAAGUAGCAAUACCUUCUCCAGAAUGUUGUUCUUCACACUAACCCGUUGUGUCCUCGCUGCUUUGUCUGUUCAUCUCCAGCUGUUCAGUCGAUCUCUGGUCACCACCCCGAGCCAGCUGCUCUGGUAACUUUGAUCUUGCUGUGUAAUGUUCUCUGGCUGCUGUCAUGCCAACACUUCUGGCUUACACGUUCCACUAAAUGGGAUUGCUUCUGAUAAAACAUCUGGAUGAGUAGAGGUGAUAUAACUAGCCUUCCCAGAUAAAUGAUUCACUGAUGUAAAAGUAACAAUUUAGUAAAUUAUUCCGCUGAGACAAUAACUUUAUGAAUGAAGCAAAUGAAAUGGGAUACAAUUUGUUUUGUAGUGUUAAAAAGAAAAAUUAAAAACUCCUGUUGCUUGAUCUUGCUUUGUAAGGUAACCACUGUGAUACUGACAAAGUGGAUUCUAGAAGUGUGUUAAGGCUGUGUCGCUUCUUAGUUUGUAUUUGUUGGAAAUGAAGAUAUUUUUGAGAGAGCUGGCAGCAAAAGGCACGUGUAAAAUGUGCUCAGUGCUUCUUUCCACAGUGCCCCGUAACAAAACCACUGUAUUUCUAACACACAGUAGCAUGGAUGCCCGUCUGUAGAGCUGAGUAAUUUUGUGCCUUUUGUCUGCUUUGUUCAUACACUGACCUAUGCUUAUACUACAGAGAUAUCUAGGUCAAAGCACGGCUCACAUCUGUCCUUAUGUCCUGUAUUUUGUUUUUUCAGUAGAUGUUCAAAUCUCUUGAGCAGCUCAGAAGGCUGAGCGGAGGAGGUGUGUGCACAAGGAAACAUUCCAUUAGUUGUUCCUUUGAAUUUGAACUUCAGAUGUCUAUUUAAGGAAGGUGUGGCUACUUUUCCUCCUAAAUCUAUUUAGUCCUCUUGUCUUUUUUUUUUUUUUUUUUUUUUUUU